CCAAAGAAUCUAUAAAUUGGCGCAAACAAAACAAAAAAGCGUCAGUUGCUGAAGAGCCCUCGACUUGAGUAUCGGUUGUGCUUCACAGCAGUGUGGAGGAGGGAAACAUUAAGCAAGGGGCUGCAGGCCUUUAAAAGCAAAAACGUAAAAUGAAUUCCCGUAUAUUGGCGGUCGCUGCAUUGGCGGCUCUUCUGACAUUUGGUACAACACCUUCAGAGGCGUUGAAUAACGAUCAUCUGGUUUACGGCUACGAGUGCCAAAAAGGAGUUUGCAAGAAGGUGGAACUUAGCGAAGAGAACUUCUCGAAAGCCAUCAGCUUGCCAGUAUGUAGAUUGUUUUGUGGUGAAGACAUAGGCACGUUGUGGCCCAAACCGACGGGAGCUGUUGAGCUGGAGCGUCUUAUGAAACAAGUGGAUGUAUCCAACAUAGAGAUUAAGUUGCUGGCAAGCAGAAAAAAGGAUAACCUAUGGAAUAACGUCGAAAACAGAUGGAUGGACCUCAUACAUGCCAAAAUUCCAAGCCGAAAGAGUUUGAAUAACGGCGGUUAUGAGUUAAACAUAGGUGUUACACUUAAAGAGCAACACGAUGGACUACCUAGACUUACUCUGGUUACAGAUGAGAGCUAUAAUCUGAGCAUAGAUUCGGCUGCCGAUGGCCAAGUGUCGGUGAACAUAACUGCAGAAAAUUUCUUUGGAGCUCGUCAUGGGCUCGAAACUCUUGCCCAACUUAUUGUCUACGACGAUAUUCGUCGCGAAGUACAAAUUGUGACAAAGGCUUCUAUUUAUGAUGCUCCAGUAUAUAAGUGGCGUGGCCUUUUACUCGAUACCGCCCGUAACUUUUUCCCUGUGAAGUCCAUAAAGCGCACUUUAGAUGGAAUGGCUAUGGUCAAACUAAACACGUUUCAUUGGCACAUCACUGACUCGCACAGUUUUCCGUUCGAGGUCCCGAAGCAGGCGGAACUCUAUAAGUUGGGCGCCUAUUCACCACGCAAAGUGUAUAGUCAAGAGGAUGUUGCCGACGUCGUGGAAUACGGACGAGUCAGAGGUAUACGUGUAAUGCCAGAAUUCGAUGCGCCGGCUCAUGUGGGCGAAGGCUGGCAGCACAAAAAUAUGACGGCAUGUUUUAACGCCCAACCGUGGAAAAAUUUCUGUGUGGAGCCUCCCUGUGGACAAUUGGAUCCUACAGUGGAGGGUCUAUAUAAUGUGUUAGAGGACAUUUACAGCGACAUGUUUAAGCUGUUCAAUCCCGAUGUUUUUCACAUGGGCGGAGAUGAAGUAUCUGUAAACUGCUGGAAUAGCAGCCAAAGCAUCCGCAGUUGGAUGAAUGCUCAAGGUUGGGGUCUUGAAGAAUCAGAUUUUAUGCAGUUGUGGGGUCACUUUCAAGAAAAAGCGCUUGAACGAGUAGACCGCGUUGCAAAUGGCACACGCACUCCAAUAACACUGUGGACGAGUAGACUAACUGAAGCGCCUUUUAUCGACGAUUUCCUCGACAAGGAUAGGUACAUAAUCCAGAUCUGGACAACUGGUGAAGAUCCAAAGGUGAAGGAAAUAUUAAAGCGCGGGUAUCGCAUAAUAGUUUCAAACUACGAUGCCCUUUACUUUGACUGUGGUGGUGCAGGCUGGGUAACCAACGGCAAUAACUGGUGUUCCCCAUACAUCGGCUGGCAGAAGGUGUACGACAACAGUUUGGCCAAGAUUGCCGGUGAUUACGAGCAUCAUGUGCUUGGUAGUGAAGCUGCUAUAUGGUCCGAGCAGAUUGAUGAAUUCACACUGGACAAUCGUUUUUGGCCUCGUGCCAGUGCAUUGGCAGAGAGACUGUGGACAAAUCCUGCCACAAAUUGGCGCCAGGCUGAAGCACGCAUUCUGAUGCAUCGUGAGCGAUUGGUGGAAAACGGUAUUGGUGCAGAGAGUCUGCAGCCUGAAUGGUGUUUGCAGAAUGAAGACGAGUGUCCUAUUGACGCGUAUGAUGCACAAAAUUAAACCUGAUUGUACUUGUGUAAUACGGUCAAUUCUUAUAGAUUUUAUUAUAGUUUGCACUUACGUGGAUUUUCGUAUACUUACAUAAAAAUACUCUUUGUUGCCGUAUUACUCAGUGCGUGGAAUAAAAUUAAGCCAACAACUUAACGAA